UUUAGGAUGCGUUUGUGUACGUUGUGCGUAUAAUAUUUACAUGCAUUCGGGAUAAACUUAUUUUGUUUUCAACUAAUAUUUUAAUCCACACAUAAUAUUUGUGCGUAUUUAAUUGAUAAAAUAGUGCCAGUGUCGUAUACAAUUUUACAUAUGUAUGCAUAAACAAAAUGUAAGUGCACUGUAAUUGUGAUUAUCUUGAAAUCGUCUUCAACUGAUUAAACAUAACUGUAAAAAAGGAAAUCGAGUGCGUACCUUCUUUUGAAUCAGAGGAUUGCAUAAAUGUACAAAUAUUUCCAACGCGAAAUAAAGGAUACCUUUGAAAAAUGUUAAAAUCUCCUAUAGAUGAUCUCCCGCUGCUGACUAUGAUAACAGAACUUGCAAUAUAACUAAAAAUUUGAAUGCGCCAGAUCCAGCUAAUAAUAAAUAAGAAAACAAUAAGAAUUGUAUUCUUGAAUUUAAAUAUCAGUCAUUAUUCAUUGCAACGCGAAAAAUGUCAUUCCUCGAGAGAAACAAUUUUCUUCUGUGGACUGUUAUAAUGACGUUUGUGCUGCUUUCUGUAUCCGGUCUAGAAGCAGUAUCUAGCUUGCAAGGUGUGCCAACUUGGAUCUCUUUGGGGCUUAAAUCGCCGUUUAUUGAGUUUGGAGCACAAGAUGAGCAGCUGGCCAAUACGAGUAUUCCGCUGAACAUCACCAAAGAUGAACAAGCCUAUAUGCACCAGGAGGGACUGCGUAAGCUGGGCACUUUCAUUAAGCCGGUGGAUCUACGGGACUCGGAGACUGGCUAUGUUAAGGGCGAUCUCACUAAAAGACUGGAGACGCCCACCGCUCAGGCUAGGCGUGUACAUCCCAUUCAGGAAGAGAUGGAUCAGAAGCAAAUCAUACUGCUGGAUGAGGAUACCGAUGAGAACGGCCUGCCAGCCAGUCUUACGGAUGAGGACCGCAAAUUCAUUGUGCCGAUGGCAUUGAAGAACGCAUCGCCUGAACUGCGCUGGGGUGUGCCUGCGAAGACGCCAGUGUCUUCGAGCCUUACGGGUGCAACUCCCACACGAUCCGCCUAUAGCACGGCGACUCGACGGAGGAGUACAACAUCGCACACAAGCACGACAAUACCUCCCGAUCCGACAUCUAACAUAGAUGACUUGAAGAAGCACAUUCUCUUCCUGCACAACAUGACGAAGAGUGACAACAACUUCGAGUCAAAAUUUGUGAAAUUCCCCAGCCUGCAAAAGGAGAAGACAAAACAGAGCACGGGAUCUACCGUGAAUGUGAAGCGACCUCAGAGACCAGUUCUUCAAUAUGCCGCCCCAAUAGCACCGCCCACACGCAAGGUUCCUCUGGGAGCCCACACACCAGGCCAAACCCCGUUUGGAGGUUAUUACCACAACGAGGAUGAGGCAAAUAGUUUUGUUCAGACGAUUGGUGACGCCGUCGUCUCAUCCGAUCGCAGUAAAGAACGUAGCAAGUUCGAUGGAGUUCCUCAGGUGCAUUUGCUCAGUGAUGACGAGUCGACGACAGUAAGGAGUGUGCCUGUGUCGACAACGUCGGCAACUCCGGUAACUCCGGAAACAACGAGCAAGCGAACAACGAAACGUCCAGUUUGCUUGCGAAAUCCGGAUUCACCAAAGUGUGUGCGCCAGCGUCAGCGGGAGGAGCAACAGCGUCAGCGUGAGCGUGACGAAUGGUUUCGCGGCCAGGCUGAGUUCAUGCGUCCACGCUUUGAGCCAAUCAUACAGACCAUCAAUAACACCAAACGAUUUGCGGUGUCCAUUGAAAUACCCGAUUCGUUUAAAGUACAUUCCGACUCCGAUUCGGCAGCUCCUGAAGAUGCUCCCGAUCUUCAGACGCUCUCGCGUGUCACUCGCUCUGAGCACAAGCGUCGCAAUAUUGGCGGUAGUCUGUCGGAUCAGGCUGCCGCUCCAGCAGACAAGAAUUUACAAUCAACGGGCAACUAUUUUGCCCACGAUAUAAUAAUGACUUCUGCGGGAGUCACCAGCGGACGCGAGUUUAUGCUCGCAAAUGUGCAUCAGUUCGACAUGAUGGUGCCAACGGACCAAGUCAACGACACCUUGCCCCCUCCAACAGCGUAUUCAGAGACUAUCAAUCUUAAUCCAGAUAACUGCUAUACUGUGGAGGGAUUCACCUACGGUCAGAAAAAACAAUGUGCUCUGCACACCAGUGUCAUGCCGGCGAUAAGCCGAGGAGCCCGAGCAGCAAUUCAAGAAUGCCAAUUUCAAUUUAAAAACCGUCGCUGGAAUUGCAGCACAACAGAUGAUGCAACCGUGUUCGGUCCCAUGACUGGAUUGGGAACACCAGAAAUGGCCUUCAUACAUGCAUUGGCCGCGGCUACAGUGACCAGUUUCGUGGCACGUGCCUGUCGAGAUGGUCAGCUGACCUCAUGUGGCUGUUCACGUGGAUCGCGACCCAAACAGUUGCACGACGAUUGGACCUGGGGCGGAUGUGGAGACAAUCUCGAGUACGCAUAUAAAUUUGCCACAGAUUUUAUUGAUGUACGCGAGAAGGAGACACGUCGCGGCACUCGUGGAGCUGGCAAUCCUGAGCGUCGAGCAGCUCAUCAGGGGCAGCAAAAGCGCAGACAGAUGCAAGCUGAUGAUGCAAAGAGUGGGGGAAAACCUGAGUUAAAGAAGAAAUCUUCCAAAAGUGAUGUGAAAGAGUCAAAGUUAGUCCAUGACCCUUUGACCACUAAAAAUGAAACGGGUUCCGUCUUAUAUGACCUUCAGACAAAAACUAAAAAAAAAAAUAACGACUCACUGACGAUGUCGUCAUCACUAGCCCCACCCAGGCAAGAAUUUAACAACGGAAAUGAUGAUGGCACAGAGCCUCGCAUCAAUUCUGAGGAUUUAUUAGAGCUUCAAGAACGCAUCACAAAGGAAAUUCUCAACUCAAAAUUAAAGGAAAACGAAAUGAUCGAAUUACAGGAGAAUAUCAAUCGUGAAAUUCUAAACUCCAAGCUAUUCAACGGAGAGGCUAAUGGCAAACGCCGCAAGCGUAAGCGCAAGAAUCAACGGGCCGUCAGUGGAGAGGCGCCUGUACUGUCGAAUGCAAACAUCAAGGCUCGAAGUUUAAUGAAUCUACACAAUAAUGAAGCUGGCCGAAGGGCCGUUAUUAAAAAGACACGCAUAACUUGCAAAUGCCAUGGAGUCUCUGGUUCUUGCAGUUUGAUCACGUGUUGGCAGCAAUUAUCCUCCAUUAGAGAGAUUGGUGACUAUUUGCGAGAGAAAUAUGAAGAGGCUACGGAAGUGAAGCUAAAUAAACGCGGACGUUUGCAGGUGAAAAACAGCCAGUUUAAAGUUCCAACUGCACACGAUUUGAUCUAUUUGGAUGAGAGUCCUGACUGGUGUCGUACCAAUCGUCUAUUGCAGUGGACAGGUACGCAUGGUCGUGUCUGUAACAAGUCUUCGUCGGGUCUCGAUGGCUGCGGUAUACUCUGCUGUGGCCGAGGCUACAACACCAAAAAUAUCAUCGUUCGUGAGCGCUGCAACUGCAAAUUCCACUGGUGCUGCCAGGUUAAAUGCGAUGUAUGUACAAAGGUACUCGAGGAGCACACAUGUAAAUAGGUUAUUCAAUAGGCAGCACAGAAAAUGUCCAUAUGAUCACGUUUCACAGCUAAACGUAAAUUAAAACAUAUUUAUAUAUAUCGAUUUAGAAUAUUAUUUAUUAAAAUUAAUUAAGUUA